GAGUCUGUGUGGGACAGAGUGACAGCGCUGAGUAGACUGGAGUAGCUGAAACUCUCUCACUCCACCACUACCAGAGGAAUACUGUCAUUUCAUUCUCUCUCUCCCUCUUUCCCACUCUCCCUCUCUCCCUCUCUCUAUCUCUCUCUUUCGGGCUUAUCAGCACAGGACGGAAUUCUGCAACAGCUCACAGCUGAGGUCAGAGCCAGCAACACACACGGAGAGAGAGAGACGUGCGUGUGUGUGUGUGUGUGUAUUUUGUUCCUUUUGUUCCUCUCGUACUCUCGGACGUACAAACACACGCGCCGAGGCAAGGCAAGGCAAGACAAGACAAGACGGUGUCCGCUCACAGCAGCGGCCGGAGUGUAUCUCGCAGCGGGGCGCAGGUGGUGUGUGUGUGUGUGUGUGUGUGUGUGUGUGUGUGUGUGUGUGUGUGUGUGCGUGUGACCGUGUGUGUGUGAAGAGGACUGCUGGGGAGAUAUGUUGCGAUCGGGGACUCCGGGUUCCAUUACCACCAUCACAGACAUUCCGGAGGAAAGUGAGAGGUCUAUACGAAGACUGCGGCUGACUCUUCAUCCUGUAGACUCGACAAGAAACAACAGAAGCAGAACAACACACACAGAUGGUAAACUGGUGAAUGGGAGUUGGGAGAAGAGGAAUGGCUUCAUCCGGGAGAGACCGGCCGGAAGAGAAUCUCCAGCCAACAUGGAGGAGCGUCGUGGUAGUGGCAGCAGCAGCGGUGGUGGUGGCAGCACGUUGACCAAUGGGGUGUCCCGAGAGGCGGGCUCAGACGGUACGUUGACCAAUGGCAGGUCGCGGGAGGAGGGGCCUAAGGUGUACGGGGUGGUGCGGCGCGGAGGAGACUCAGAGAACCAGGAAGUGAUGGCACGGGAGUGGUCUGUCAAUCACCUGCAGCAGGAGAUGAAGUACAUCAGAGAGGUGCGAGACUCUCUUGAGAAGGUGAGAGAGCGGAUGUACGGCCAGUUUGGAGGCAUGCAGCAGUCAGUGGAGAAGCUGUCACGAGAGAUCAAGGUGGAGGUCUCUCAGGAGGCCAGUGCUCAGGCCUUGAGGGAUCUGAACACCAAACUGCAGCAGCAAUACGACCAGAGACUACAGCAGGAACAGAGAAGACACCGAGAGGAGAUAGAAACACUACAGGCCCAGAUAGACGUGUAUGUGAAGCGUAUAGAGGAGCUGGAGCGUAACGCUCGCGAGGCGGAAGCCAAGAUAGCAGAGAGAGACCAGCGGAUACUGGAACUACAGAGACUUACAGACGCCAUGGGGAAGGAGAAGAACCAUCUGCACCAGAAGCUGCAGGAGACAGAACAGAAACUACAGCAGCUGAGUAGUAUGAACCAUAGAGACCCUGCUGUUAUCAAGAGGGAGCGUCAGCUUGAAGAGGAGUCCUCAGACCUGAAGGAGCGUAUUAAACACCUGAAUGACAUGGUCUUCUGCCAACAACGCAAGGUCAAGGGCAUGAUCGAGGAGGUUGAGCAUCUGCGUGCGAAGGUGGCCCAGAAGGAUGCCUUCAUCUCCGACCUGCUGGACCGACUGGCCAUCGUGGAGUGUGAGAAUAAUGAGCUAGAAGACAAGCUCAAGUAUUAUUUGUCUGUACAGAGCUCUGAGACAGACAGACCCUCCACCAGAGAAAUCGGCGUGGGCUGCGAUCUACCUGUGCCCAGGUCUGACCCCCCAGAGGAACAGCAGCCAUAUCAGCAGGCCUCGCCAUACCAGUCCUACUCCCCUCCUCCUCCCCCCGCCGCCCCCGCCCCAUCCCACUACACCCUCCCCAGGAUGAGCCGGCCCAACCCCAACCCCAACCCAAUCCCCAUCGCCUCAUCGCGUACCAACCCCGUCCCCCCGCCCCCCAUCACCCCGACGCGUUCCAACCCCAUCCCCCCCAGUAGCCGGUUGACCAGCACCCUCCUCCGCUACUCCCCAGUACAGUACAGCCAGUACCUCCGCACCCUGCCCCCUCCAGCCCCCAGGGACCACCACUACCCAGACUCCCCAGACUACACCUCUCCUUACUCGGACUCCUCCGAUGACGAUGACGAUGACCCCCCCAUGACCUCCUACGCCCCCAUCGCCAGGACGGCCCCCCCUCAGCUCUACACCCCCUUCAUGCGCCUCAUGGACAUCAGUGCCAAGAUAGACAUCCAAUAGGGUGAGGCCAAGAACGGCAGCAUCCAAUAGGAGGAGAGGAGGAACGGCAACAUCCAAUAGGGUGAGGCCAAGAACGGCAACAUCCAAUAGGAGGAGAGGAGGAACGGCAACAUCCAAUAG